UAGAGAUUUAACAACAAAUGCAAGUUGAAUUAUAUAAAAGCAAGAUUGAUUGUGACUUGAUUAAGUUUUAUUUCUAUCCAAGUAGACUCAUUGAUUAAGUUAGGAUCAUGUUGGGUAUUAAAUUUAGAUCAAGUUACAAUUUGGAUGAAUAAUUUACUUACCCACGAGGAAUUUAAUAGUUAGUUCUUGUCUUUUUAUAUUCCGAAACGUGCCAUUUCUUGAAAGUAUUUGUAUGAUCACUAUUUUCCCCAGUGUGUUUGGCUUUAUGCAGAUUUGUUCAUUGUUGAUGAAUCUAAUGUUAAGAGUCGUCCACUUUAGCAUAGCUAGAUCUGAGUGUUUCCUAGUUUGAUAAAAUCUAAAGACAUUUGCUCAUGUUUCAGCCCCAAGUAGAGGUAUGAUGGAUUGGUCAUUCUCAAGCAAAGUCGGUUCUGGUCCUCAGUUUCUUUCUUUUGGGACAUCCCAACAAGAAACGCGUGUAAACACAGUCAAUGAUCAUUUGCUUUCUUCUGCUGCAAUGGAUCAAAACCAGAGAACUUACUUCAGCUCACUACAGGAAGACAGAGUGUUCCCAGGUUCCAGUCAGCAAGACCAAACAACCAUCACAGUCUCCAUGUCCGAACCAAACUACAUCAACAGUUUCAUAAACCACCAACAUUUAGGAGGAUCUCCUAUCAUGGCACCUCCAGUUUCAGUAUUUCCUGCUCCAACCACUAUUAGAUCUUCUUCAAAACCACUUCCCCCUCAGUUGACAAUCUUUUAUGCCGGUUCAGUAUUAGUUUACCAAGACAUAGCUCCUGAAAAGGCCCAAGCUAUCAUGUUGCUAGCCGGAAAUGGACCUCAUGCUAAACCGGUUUCACAACCUAAACCUCAAAAACUGGUUCAUCACUCUCUUCCAACCACUGAUCCUCCAACUAUGCCUCCUAGUUUCCUGCCUUCCAUCUCUUACAUUGUCUCUGAAACCAGAAGUAGUGGAUCCAACGGGGUUACUGGACUUGGACCAACAAAAACAAAGGCGAGUUUAGCAUCCACGCGCAACAACCAAACUGCUGCCUUCUCUAUGGCUCCAACAGUGGGUUUACCACAAACACGCAAAGCAUCCUUGGCUCGGUUCUUAGAGAAACGCAAAGAAAGGUACUGAGCUACAAGAUUAUUCACUUAUUCACAAUAUCAAAACACAGGUUUGCUGUAUAUUGGCUUCGUUUUCUUGCAGGGUCAUUAACGUAUCACCUUAUUACGUAGACAACAAGUCAUCAAUAGACUGUAGAACACUGAUGUCUGAAUGUGUAAGCUGUCCUCCAGCUCAUCAUCUGCACUAAAACCAAUUUAGACCCCUCAUUGUUCUAAAGGCUUUUUCUUUUUUCUCUGGCUCUGUAUCCUAUAGACUAUAGUAUAGUUGUUAUAGCUUUUGUUUAUUCAGAUUUUAGUACACUGGGCUUGUAAAAGCAAGUUAUUUAUAUAUAUCCUAUAAAUUUAAUUUGGAUACUGUAUGUUUUGUCUUUACUCUUGCAUGUGUAUAAAAAACAUAAAAGUAAGACUAUUCAAGCU